UGACGGUUUCAGUUCGUGUUCGAAUUUCUAUUUCAGACAAACGAAUGUAAAAUAUCAUAACAUCAUAAAUGAGUUUAAGGAGCUAGAGGAAUCGUACAAAUUUCUCAAAUAUGCUGAUCCAGAACCAGGUGAAGAAGUUGUUAUUUCCGGAAUCGCUGGUAGAUUUCCAAAAUCCAACAAUAUGUAUGAAUUGAAAGAUAAUAUUUUUAAUCGCAAAGAUUGCAUCACGGAUAACGGAAUAGAUAUAGAGCAUUCAGAAAUUCCACGACGAACGGGGAAAAUUAACAAUAUUGAGAAAUUCGAUGCAUUAUUUUUUGACGUCAAUUUUAAAGAAGCACAUACUAUGGAUCCUGUAGACAGAAUAUUGUUCGAACAUACUUAUGAAGCUAUUGUAGAUGCUGGAAUUCAUCCAAAAGAUCGUCGUGGAACGAGGACAGGUGUAUUCUUAGGUUCAUGCUUUACCGAUACCAAGAAAACUUGGUUCUACGACAAACUCCAGGCAGGGGAAUCGAUCAAACGAUCAGUUUAUAGAUGGAUUACUUAUACACAAUUACGUAUUUAGUCAGAUAUGCUGUAUAAUACGUCUUUUCAAUUGUAGAUAAAUGGUUUUGGACUCCUAAGUGCUACCAAAGCUUAUACAACCAACAGAAUUUUGCAUUGGUUGGGUGUCACUGGACCAACAUAUAACAUUGAUACCUCGUGCAGCUCAAGUCUAUAUGCGAUGGAACACGCAUAUAGAGCUAUACGUAACGGACAAUGCGAUUACGCGAUCGUCGCUGGAUCAAAUAUUUGACUUCAUCCAUUAGUAACUUUGCAAUUUAAACGUUUAGGAAUAUUGUCUGAGGAUGGUCGUUGCAAGUGCUUCGACGAAGAUGCAGAUGGUUACGUGCGCAGCGAAGCCGUAGUUGUUGCAUUUCUGCAAAAAGGAAAAAAUGCUAAAAGAAUCUAUGCAACAGUUAUCCAUGCGAAAACAAAUUGCGAUGGUUAUAAGGAACAGGGAAUAACAUUUCCAUCUAGCCAAAUUCAGAGUACUAUUUUCAAAGAAUUCUAUGAUGAAUGCGGUGUACCACAGCUUGUAUAAAUUACAUCGAAGCUCAUGGUACAGGAACUAAAGUUGGUGAUCCUGUAGAAAUAAAUGCUAUAGAUCAGAUUUUCACGAAAAACAGAACGAAUCCUCUUAAAGUCGGUUCCAUCAAAUCAAAUUUGGGUCAUACCGAACCAGCCAGUGGAAUGUGCUCCAUUGCCAAGACGAUAAUAUCGAUGGAGACAGGCCUAAUACCCCCAAAUAUUAAUCUUAAUCAACAACGCAAAGACGUAAAAGCUUUUACAGAAGGAAGAAUCAUGCCUGUUACCGAAACGUCUCCGCUUGAUGGGGAAUACAUAGCCAUUAAUUCUUUCGGCUUUGGUGGUGCUAAUGCUCACAUCUUACUCAAAUCAAAUCCAAAAACAAAGAUCAAUGAAAGAUUGCCAGAUGACGAUUUGCCAAGACUCGUAGCAGUUUUUAAGCAGUAGUAACCAUAUUAAAUGAUAUCGAUAAUCGACCCAUAGAUGUCGUUAUUCGUCUCAUUCAUGAUAUUCAUCUCAAAGAAAUAUCAGGUCAUUUAAGUCGGGGAUACACGAUAACUGGUUUUAAAUCGUUUAACAAAAAACUGAGAGAAAUUGAAAACUAUUCUGGUAUAAAAAAGCCAAUAUUAUUUGUUUUUUCUGGAAUGGGGUCGCAGCGGUCUGGAAUGGGUCAAAGUCUAAUGAGAUUUCCUAUAUUUGCUAAAGCUAUAGAGAAAUGCGACGCUGUAUUAAAGCAAUAUAAAUUGAAUAUUUAUAAAAUUUUAACUGAUAAAGAUAAUAGCAUGUUCGACAAUAUCUUGCACUCGAUCGUCGGAAAUGCUGCGGUUCAGAUCGGUAUGGUAGAUCUUCUAACUUCCGUAGGUGUAGUACCGGACUACGUCAUCGGAUAUUCCGUUGGUGAACUUGGUUGCGCUUACACAGAUGGAUGUUUUACAGCAGAGGAAAUGAUAUUAGCAGCAUAUUCGCGAGGAAUGGCCUUGAUAAAAACAGAAAUACCUCACGGUUCUAUGGCAACGGUAGGUCUUUCGUAUGAAGACAUUAACAAUCGCUGCCCUUCUGAUAUCGACAUCGCAUGUCACAAUGGAACUGAAAGUACAACUGUUAGCGGACCGAUCAAUUCUGUGAAGGCAUUCGUUAAAAAAUUACAGGCAACUGAAGUUAUCGUGGAAGAGGUACCGUGCAAUAAUAUACCUUAUCAUAGCCGUUAUAUUGCAGCAGUUGGAUCGAAACUUUUUGUAUAUUUAAAAAAAGUGAUACCAGUAGCGAAGCCACGAAGUAAAAAAUGGCUCAGUACAUCGGUGCCACAAAACGCGUGGUCGACAUCAGCCGCAAAACUCUCGUCAGCUGAGUAUCAUACCAAUAACCUGUUGAAACCUGUACUAUUUGCAGAAACAUUAGCUCUGAUUCCCAACAAUGCUGUCACCAUUAAAAUUGGAUCGCAAAAUCUACUACAGGCGACUUUAACAAAAUCAUUGCAACCAAUAGUCAGGAAUAUUGCAUUAAAUCAUCCAGAUGAUAAAGAUAACGUGAUCAUUUUUCUGCAAGCAUUAGGGAAGCUUUAUAACAGUGGUAUACAGCUUGAUCUUGCUAAAUUAUAUCCACACGUAGAAUAUCCGGUCAGUCGAGGUACUCCAGUGAUAUCUCCACUUAUUGGAUGGAAACAUUCAGACGACUGGUUUGUGUCAGAUUACAAUAAACAAGUGAGAAUUGAUUCUGGCGAACGAAUAUUUGAAAUAUCGAUCGAUUAUGAAGAAUUUCAGUAUGUUAGUGGUCACAUGAUUGUUGGAAGAAAUUUGUUUCCAGCGACAGGAUAUUUAUGUUUAGUUUGGGAAACUUUCGGCAUGAUGAUAGGACGAUUGUACACGGAAGUAUUUGUUGUCAUUGAAAAUGUAAAGUUUAAUCGAGCUACCACCAUUCCGAUAGAAGGCAAAAUUGAAAUGAUAGUCAUGAUUCAAAAAGUAUCAUUUGAAGAACACAUAGAACACAUAAAAAGAGUAAUGAAGGCAAUAGUAAACGAAGGUUUCAAACUAAAAUUUAAAAAAUGUACAUUUGCAACAGAAUCAGUGAAAUAUCUCGGACACAUAAUAGAGCACAAUACAGUAAGACCAGUAAAGGAUAAUUUAAUUUCAAUACGAAAUUUUCCUAUUCCAAAAACUCAAAAGAACAUUAGACAAUUUCUUGGAAAAAUAAACUUUUAUCACGAAUACAUACCGAAAAGCUCAAUACUACUAGACAACUACUAGACAAUCCAUUACAUAGACUGUUAAGGAAAAAUGAAAAGUUCAUAUGGUCUGAAGAGUGUGAGAAAUCCUUCAAAGGUAUAAAAAAUUUACUAUGCUCUCAACCAGUGUUGCAAAUAUUUGACAGGAAUUUAUCAAUAAGGAUUUACACGGAUGCAUCACUGGAAGGCAUUGAUGCGAUAUUUAAGAAAGUACAGAGUGAUGGAAAUGAAAAGCCAGUAGCAUACUUUUCGAAAAAGUUAAACGAUUCACAAAAGAGAAAAAAGGCAAUUUACUUAGAAUGCCUGGCAAUCAAGGAAGCGGUAAAAUAUUGGCAACAUUGGUUGAUCGGAAGAAAAUUCACGAUAUUCACAGACCAUAAACCAUUAGAAAGUAUGAACAUAAAAGCUAGAACAGAUGAAGAACUUGGAGAAUUAACAUAUUAUUUAUCUCAAUAUGACUUUCAAAUAAAAUAUAUUCCGGGAAAAGAUAACGCUGAAGCAAAUAGUCUAAGCAGAAAUCCAGUACUGGAAUCAUCCGAAAAUACGGAAGAAAUAUUAAAAAUAAUUAAUCUAAUAGAAAUAAAAGAAAUAAAAAAAGAUCAAAAAGAAAAUAUAACAUUGCAGAGAACCAAAACAGAACUAAUAGAAAAAGACGGAAUAUUCUAUAAAAAAAAUUAGAAACAAAGAAAAAAUAAUCUUAUCUACAGAACUAAGCUUAAAAUUAAUUAAAGAAAUACAUUCUGAAUGUUGUCAUAUAGGUAUCAAACAAAUGAUAAGCAGGAUAUCUCCUUAUUACACAGCUAAAGGAAUAACGGCAAAUAUAAAAAAAGUUUGCAAAAAUCGCGAAAUAUGCAUUAAGAACAAAUCCAGGGGGCAAGGAAAAUAUGGACGGAUGUCACAACUAGGACCGGCAACGAAACCGUUCGAAAUCAUGUCAAUAGAUACCAUUGGAGGCUUCGGAGGACAAAGAUCAACAAAAU